AUGUUACUUAAUCAUAGGUGGUCUUCUUUGCUAGUUCCUGAGAAGUGGUGGCAAACUCCUCAUGUUGGCUUCUUUAAAAUUAAUGUUGAUGGUGUGCUUAAUAUGUCGUUGGGGACACGUGGUGUUGGUAUGGUUGUGCGUGAUUCAAAGGAUGGUCUCUGUAGGGUUGUAGCGAUGCGUGCUCCAAGCUUGUUGCCGUUCUGGCCACUGAGUUGUAUACUCUUAAAGCUGGCAUCUCCUUUGCGGUCAAUGCAUCUUUUUUACCUUUACUAA